CUGGAAUGGGAUCUUCGCCGAAGCCCCCAUCGCAUCCUCCGCCCGCGAGGCCCGCGCCCGAGGUUCUCGGCGAGUCCGGGGGCCAGGGAAGUCCCAGGAGCCGGAGGGACAAGAAGGCUCACUCUGUGCCCAGCAUUGCUUGAAUAAUCUAUUGCAAGGAGAGUAUUUUAGCCCUGUGGAACUGUCGUCGAUUGCACACCAGCUAGAUGAAGAAGAGAGGAUGAGGAUGGCAGAAGGCGGAGUUACGAGUGAAGACUACCGCACAUUUUUGCAGCAGCCUUCUGGAAAUAUGGAUGAUAGUGGUUUCUUCUCUAUUCAGGUUAUAAGCAAUGCCUUGAAAGUUUGGGGCUUAGAACUAAUCCUGUUCAACAGUCCAGAGUAUCAGAGGCUUGGGAUUGACCCCAUAAAUGAAAGAUCAUUUAUAUGCAAUUAUAAAGAACACUGGUUUACAGUUAGAAAAUUAGGAAAACAGUGGUUCAACUUGAAUUCUCUCUUGACGGGUCCAGAAUUAAUAUCCGACACAUACCUUGCACUUUUCUUGGCUCAAUUACAACAGGAAGGUUAUUCUAUAUUUGUUGUUAAGGGUGAUCUGCCAGAUUGUGAGGCCGACCAGCUCCUGCAGAUGAUCAGGGUCCAGCAGAUGCACCGACCAAAACUGAUCGGAGAGGAGCUAGCACAGCUGAGAGAGCAGAGAGUGCAGAAAGCCGACCUGGAACAAGUCUUAGACGGAAACGACGGGUCAGGGGUGUUAGACGAGGAUGAGGAGGACUUGCGGCGGGCCCUGGCACUGAGUCGCCAGCAGAUUGACAUGGAAGAUGAAGAGGCAGAUCUCCGCAGGGCUAUUCAGCUCAGUAUGCAAGGUAGUUCCAGAAAUAUAUCCCAAGAUAUCCCACAGACAUCAGGUACACAUCUUACUUCAGAAGAGCUACGGAAGAGAAGAGAAGCCUACUUUGAAAAGCAGCAGCGGCAGCAGCAGCAGCAGCAGCAGGGGCCGCCGGGACAGCUUUCGCACCCAGCUGAAACGCCGACCACGAGUUCCGGAGCACUGGGCGGUGAUCCAGCAGGUGAUGCGAUGAGUGAAGAAGACAUGCUCCAGGCGGCCGUGACCAUGUCUUUAGAAACUGUUAGAAAUAAUUUCGUAACAGAAGAAAAAAAAUAACUUCUACAAAUCUCUAAAACAUUCGUACUUCCCAGCAUUAUCCUGUGUGAUUUCCAGCAUGGGGCCCAUCUUGAUCAUGUGUCAGAGAGGACAGUGUCCACCAGGGGACACAAGACUUGUAGGUGGUUUGCAAAGAAAAAGAUGAGAGAGCGGAAAAAACGUGUCCGUGAAAGGACUAAAUAAUGAUCCUUCAAAUACUAGCCAAAGAGGCAUUCAGCAAUUAAAGAAAUUGAAAAUAGUUUUUUUUUAAAUGUUCCUUUUUUGUUUUUGAGCGUGCAAUAUCUAACAUGUUGAAAAUUAGGGCAUUUUUCUUGCAUCUUUUUGCAGACCAACUAACAAGUUCUUGCCACAGAACGUUUUCCAUGCAUCUUGUUUUCUGUUCCUCCUUCUGCGCAGGUAAUUCGGCUUAGCUCCAUCACCUGACACUUGCUUCAUGUCUCACUUACUGGGCAGGUAGCCUUCCCGGACAGGGGCUGUCCGCUGUGCCGGUGAGAGUAGUGGUUCCGGAAGGAAGAGCGUCCUCCCUCCCCCCUGUGUGUGCACUUGGGUGUUGUCUCCUCCCAUCGUGUAUCUGGUCACAGUUUACCUGCUGCCUGGUUUCUCUCACUUUCCCACAACUUUUCAAAAAGGUGGUUCCCUUUCUUAAGGUUGUGCUUGUGAAGGCCUCCGAGGUGGGUUCAUUAUUCCGUGAUUCUGGUGCAUUCCUAAACUCUGAAAUCAGCUCUGCACACGUAAUUAAGAAUAAAGGAGCAUUUUUAAAAAGCGUGAGCCCGCCGUUUCCCAGAUGCUCUGUGAGUGUCUUCUCAGUUUUGUCAGAGCUUCGCAGCUUUGUCAGAGCCCUCUGUUCAGCACUGUCUCCUUUCCUCUUUGCCAGCUGAGAAAGACAGAAGCACAGUGUGCGAGUGAGCCUCCUCCUGUUGUCAGACGAGUGAGACCCACCGUGAAUGUAUGAGAGACAAAACUCGGCCGGCCUUCAGGUUUAGGUGCAGAUUCGUUUUAUUUUCUCUGGUGUGACCGGAGCUCUCCGUUCCGUUUACAGCUGGGUCCCGGCGUGUAGAUGCCUGCCUCUGGGAAUAGCUUGCCAGAGGUGAUGAUCUGGAACAUGACGAGAAGUUACUAACAAAAACAUGUUUAAAUUUAUACUGUGACUUAACACUUGCAUCAUGUUUAAAAUAGCUUAAGAAUGCUAGAAGUCACACAGUACUGAAUGGGUCUGUAAAUAAGAAAGUCUUUAGUUUUGAUAAACAGUCUUUAAUUAGGAUGCACAGAGUAUCUUGCAAUGGUGUGAUUUAGGGGAAAAGGAACCAUGUCUUUCUGAAAUGGGCAUUUUAGAUUCUGUCAUCUGCUUUGCAUCCCUCAUUCUCCAUUCCCAUUUGAAACCCUUUUGGAUGCUGAAUUAUUCAUAAGCUAAGAUCUAAGAAGUAAUUUCAGCCAGCGACUUAGAAAAUUAAGGUAUGGUGUGUGGCAGCACACGUUUUAUCAGGGAAGUUUUUUUGAUUAGGAUUCAUUGCUAAGCAAAAAGAUGAGAAAAUGCCUUUUGUUUAUGAUUUUGAUACAGCUCUUUCUUGGAAAGAGACAAGACUUUUUUAGUCAUUAUUUUGUGCCAAAUGAAAUUUCCUGAAGUUUUCCUUCCAUAAAAUUAGACAGUUUUACUUUAAAAUCUAGUUUUCUUUUGACAAUUGAAAAUGUUUCGGAAGAAUCACAAGAAUUUAGAACGGCAAGGGACGUAAGAGUUUUAUAUUACUCUCAAGAUAAACGAACAGAAAUAUGUAUUUGGCCUUACCUUUUCCUACUGGAAAGUUACAUAGAACUUUUCAUACACUUUAACUGAUGAACUAUCUAAUAUAAAAAAGAGAAAACAAAUAGGUAUACGUUUUAACUUUAGAGUUUAUAAAGUUCUUAUAUUACAUACCCUUGUUAAAGCCUUUAAGGAAAUGUGGUAUGUUGGCCUUCCUUUGUUAAGGAUUUUUUAAAAGCAAAGCUGAGCAUACACUGGAUACAUUUUUGAAUGUGUUUAUUUCGUUUGUGUGACAUUGUUACAUUUGGCAGACAGUUACAGAAUCACUUGUAAACUGCCGUCUUGUUUAGAUUGGCUUAAAUUUAAUUGAACAUGAAACACCAUUGAUUGGCCAAUAUGAAAAGAUGCCAGUGCUCAUAACCACAAUAUCAGAAAAUUUAAAAGUCACCCAGAGCUAUGGGUCACACAUCAGGAACUGCUAUUGACAAUAAGCCACCUGCCAGAAAGUCCAGAGCAAUGAAAUUGACAAUUAACUGUCCUGCUGACAACUUUAUAUUGAGAUUUCCAUUCUGUUUUGCUAAUUGGGAACACCUUACUGUUUAACAUUUAAACUCUUAGUAUCAUUUUCUAAUGUAUAGUUUGUAUUACCUGGAUAACAUACACGCAGUGGCAGUGCUGGUGUUACAAGUAAAGUGUAAACAAGCUUUAGAAGUGCCACUUUCAUAUUUUGAGAUGUCAUAGAUUUAAUAAGUAGUUUUUUUAUGUUUUAAAAACUCAGAAUAGUUAACUUCUGAUCUAAAACCAUCAAUAUACAUUUUUACAGUAAUUAUAAACACUUCUGUAUUGUACAUUGUUUGAAACGGUUGCUGUAGGUAAACUCGAUUUUAACUCUAAGAUCUUGGCCAAAUAAUUUACAAUUCACAGAAUAUUUAAGGAGGUGCUUUUUUUCCCCUUAAAACUUGAUUUUUCCUAUAUAAGACUCCCUUCAUGCCAAAGCUAAUGAAGAAAUAAGCUCAAAACUAGUUGAGAGUCGUCCUAGGCGAAACUACCACUAGUCUACAUCGCUUCAUUGAACAUCAAGUUCAGUCAAGUCAGUGACACAGCUCACGUCUGCACGCCUAGACGGUGUCGUGCUAGUGCCAAGAUUCACUGAAUGUCUUCAGACUGGCCCAUCGAACCUGUGCAGACUCAAAAAAGAAUUGGUUCAGUGCAUAAGCAAAAUACAGUCACUUAAACGUCUUCAGUUGGAAAACUUAAUGUUUUAAAUCCUUAAGACCAGUAGUGAUCAACACUGAUGACUUCCUGUUGAAAACCCGAGCUGACGUUCGAGAGGCCGUUCGAGGCUUUCCAAGUGAGUGAUUACGUGUGGGCCCUAAGGAGCGCGGAGGACUGUGUGUGGGGUCCUGACCGAGGAAAACCAGAUCGGGCCAACUGACCGUCUCAGUGGUGUGAACGAGCUUUCGUGUGUUCACAUAACAGCUUUCCUCUGCUCCUGGCCCCUUUACAGUCAGCGUCUUUUGCUAAAGAAGUGAACUGGCUUGUGUAUUUUUUUUAAAGUCUUAUACAUAAAAAUAUUUUUGUUCCAUUCUGCUUUCAUGAAUGAGAAGGUUGACAUGGUUGGUUAAUGCUUGAAUUUUGAUUUUAAAAAAAAUUUGAAUAAAACCUUUACUGUUUUAAUUUUUCCCCAAAAUGAUCCAGAAUUUUAAGAAUGCUAGUAACAUGUUUAAAUGUCCAGCAAUUGGCAUGCUAAAUUAAUAAUGUAUCAAUAUUUUAGGACUAUGGACCAUAGAAAGGAGCAGGGAGCAAUAGUGAAAUAUGCUUGGAAAUUCCUGAUCUGUUGAGGAAGCACGUCAGUUGUUUCUUGCGUGGUUCAAAGGUGAAUGUUUCCAGGGUGGUUGUUUUUUUUUUUAUUGAAUUUACUGGGGUGACCUUGGUUCACAAAACCAUGCAGGUUUCAAGUUCACAACCCAGAGAAACGUCAGCUGCACACUGCGUUGUGUGCCUGUCACCCCAGGCAGGCUCUUUCCCGUCCCCGUUCCGCCCGGCCGUGGCCCGCCUCCACUGAACGCUCCCCCUGCCCCUCUGGCUGACACUGCCCUGGCGUCUGUGUCUGCGUGUCAUGUACGUUUCUGUGUUUUGUGUCUUUCCGCUUAGUCCUUCCACCUUCUUCCCUCCGACCCCCCAGUCCCUCUCCCUCUGACAGCUCAGUCUGGUCUGUGUAUCCAUGCCUCUGGAGAGGAAAACGUGCAUUUGAAUGUGCUUAGUAUCUGUUUUCUACAACUGUGGGUUACUAGGAAUAACUUUAGAAAUUACUCUUCUGUAUAAAUACACUAUUUGAAAUUCAAGUUCAGAAAACACCCGACACAAAAAGCAUUGUCUUUUGGCCGUGACCCAAGCGCACUGUGACAGUGCUGUUUGCUCAGGACUCGGUUCUGCAGCCCUCCCGCGGCGGCCCUCUCUCUCUGCGUCCCUGUGUGGCUGCUGCGCGCAGGCCUCCCUGUCUGGCCCCGCGGGGAGCUGGGCUCCCAAAGCACUGUUGGACACUGAAGAUUCUACUGUUGGUGUGGAUGUUCCAUAAGUUGUAUUUUAAAUAUCAGAGAUUAUUAAAUAAAGAUGUUUGCUUUUU